CAGGUCAAGUCUACCUCAAAGAUGUGUCAUGUUACUUCUCUGUGAUGGAGGAAAAGACGCCAGAAACUGGAACCUCUCUCUCCUCGCUCAGAUGGCAGAAAUGGACAGGCAGCACAUCUGGAGGAUGAAGCACUUUAACAAGCCUGUGUACUGCAGCGUGCAUCGGAGCCUAGGGAAAUGAGGCCUUUCUUGCAUCUGUGCCGGCUCAUGGCUGGGUCAUUGCUGACUGUGACUCCAGUAAGUAUCCCUUCUGCAACAAGAAGAUCAAGACCCUGGCAGUGAAGCACUGGGUGUGGUGCCAACAAAUGCGCCAUGACGAAUGUGUGAUCUUUGGGUCAUCAUCGUGCGACUCUAAGAGACCACAUUCUGCCACCAUGGGCCAUAUACUCAGUCUCCAAGAGAAGGAUGAAGAGGGAAGGAGGAAUUCCACGGAGGACACUAGCCUAGAGGACAUCACCCCAGACGGUCACAUUCUGCAGAUUGCUCCAAUUCCAGACACCCACCCUCUUCUGGUGUUUGUGAACCCAAAGAGUGGAGGGAAGCAGGGGGAGAGAGUGAUGAGGAAGUUCCACUAUUUAUUGAACCCACGGCAGGUCAUCAACUUCUCUGACGGAGGACCUGGACCCCGACCCGAGUGACAAGCGGAUUGAGGUGGUGGGGUUGUCGGGCUAUCGAAAUGGGUCAGAUCUAUUCUGGGCUGAAGUGUGCUGGACACAGACUGGCUCAAACCUCACAGAUCACUAUCAGGACAUAUAAAGCACUGCCUAUGUAGAUUGAUGGUGAGCCCUGGAUGCAGCCUCCUUGCACGUGCUAAUAUUAAUAUACUUUUAUACUUGAUAUAAUAAAUGUAAUAUAUUGUAUACUGUAAUAAGUGAGGUUGGCCUUGGGUGUCACGCCCUGACUUUAGUUAUAUUUGUUUUCUUUAUUUUUUGGUUAGGGUUAGGUCAGGGUGUGACAA